UGGCUGUUCCUGUGUGUUUACUACACGGACCAGGCAGCAGCAGACACUUGGCUUCACAUGCACCUAACUCACAACAGCUAGCAAGCUAAACACUUUAUAGUUCCAUCUGAAAGAGAAUCUACAAGAAUCCAACAUGCCCAAGAGAAAGCAGGGAGCCGCUGGGGACACCAAGGAGGAGCCCCAGAGGAGAUCCGCCCGGUUAUCAGCGAAACCAGCCCCAGCCAAGACUGAACCCAAGGCCAAGAAGGAGAAACCAGCCAAGAAAGAGAAGGCUGUGAACGACAAGAAGGAGGAGAAGAAAACUAAGAAGGCAGCAGCGAAGGAGAACGCAGAGGCCGCUGAGGAGAACCACUCUGAGAACGGAGAUGCAAAGACCAACCAGAUGGAGGAUGCUCCCGAGGCAGAGAAGGAGGAAGCCAAGUCUGAGUAGCAACACUGCCGACCCCCCCCCCCCGCCCAGUGUUCGUGGUCCCCCUCCAAGGCAUAUUGUUAACAGAGGAAUAUUUUUAUCAGUGAUUUUAUAAGUAUACUAUCUACUAUCCGUACAGAUUUUUAGCACAAAGCAAAGCUGAGUAAUAUAAUGCAGAUCUGCAGUGGUCAUAUCAACAAAGUGUCUGCAGGCAAGAUGAACACACUAAAAUCUUUUUUAAUUAAACAGCAUUUCAUGAUUGUGUAGGAAGCAAAGCGUGUCCCGUCCCAUAGUGAGUUGUGUUACUGUGCCCACCCUCCUCCACAGUUGGUUCUCCUAGGGUUCUACCUUUAGUCCUGGUUUAUUAACGGUUCUCCCUGGCGUUCCCUUGCUUUGUCUAAAUGUUCCUGUUUUUACAUGAAACAUGUUCUAAGCGUGUUGAAAGUGUGUUGUCCAAUAAGAAAGAGGAAGAGGAUCAUGAGAAACAUUCUGGACAGAGUGACGUGUGUCUCCUAGGCGACCCUGUAACAGUGACAUGCAGGUGUCUCCUAGGCGACCCUGUAACAGUGACAUGCAGGUGUCUCCUAGGUGACCCUGUAACAGUGACAUGCAGGUGUCUCCUAGGCGACCCUGUAACAGUGACAUGCAGGUGUCUCCUAGGCGACCCUGUAACAGUGACAUGCGUGUCUCCUAGGCGACCCUGUAACAGUGACAUGCGUGUCUCCUAGGCGACCGCAGUAGUGUGUGACAGCUCUCCAUCUUGCUGGUUUUUUAAACACAUGUUGUUGUUUUUUAGAUGAGCGGUUCUCUGAUGUGUCUGAUGUUCUGGAAUUCUCCAAUAAAACAAGUCCUGUGAAUUUUCCUCAAAA